AAUUAUUAAGGGAUAAAUACCAAGAAAUCACACUUUUGACCGGAAAGUAGUUCGUACCCAGAAAUCAAGCAGUAUCGCGAACAAAGAUGGUGAAAGCCAUUCGAGUUCAUGAACUUGGUGGUCCUCAGCCAAGAGCACAUGAGUUCUUAUGCCGUUGUAUUCAUCGGACUAGUCCAGAGAAGGUCUUGAAAUGGGAAGAUGUGGAAAUAGGAGAGCUGAAGGAGGGGGAGGUUCGUGUGAAGAACAAGGCAGUAGGGGUUAAUUUCAUCGAUGUAUACUUCCGCAAAGGACUUUAUUAUAAGGCUGAUACAAUGCCCUUCACCCCAGGUAUGGAAGCUUGUGGAGUUGUGACAGCCGUAGGACCUGGAGUAAUAGGCAGGCGAGUUGGAGAUCUGGUGGCCUAUGUUGGUACUCCGAUGGGGUCAUAUGCGGAAGAACAGAUCCUUCCUGCAAACAAAGUGGUGCCCGUUCCCCCUUCAAUUGAUCCUAUUGUUGCAGCAUCCGUAUUGCUUAAGGGUAUGACAGCUCAGGUUCUACUACGGCAGUCUUUCAAGGUCAAACCAGGAAACAGAGUCCUUGUUCACGCUGCAGCUGGUGGAGUUGGAUCCCUUUUAUGCCAGUGGGCUAAUGCGCUUGGUGCAACUGUCAUUGGAACUGUAUCAACUAAAGAGAAGACAGCUCAGGCCAAGGAUGAUGGGUGUCACCAUGUCAUAGUCUAUACGGAAGAGGAUGUUGUUGCUCGAGUGACAGAAAUAACAUCUGACAAUGGGGUUGAUGUUGUCUAUGAUUCUGUAGGGAAGGAUACCUUUCAGGGAUCAUUGGCAUGUUUGAAGACUCGUGGAUACAUGGUGAGUUUUGGACAAGCAUCAGGUGCAAUUGAUCCGGUCCCGCUAUCAGCCCUUGCAGCAAAGUCACUCUUCCUGACCAGGCCAGCCCUGUUCCAGUACACUGCAGCUCAAGACAAAUUGUUAGAGGUUGCGGGAGAGGUAUUUGCUAAUGUUGCAUCAGGCGUAUUGCGCGUUCGAGUAAAUCACAAAUACCCAUUGUCUCACGCAGCACAAGCUCAUGCAGACCUCGAGAACAGGAAAACAUCCGGCUCGGCUGUGCUUAUACCCUAAAAUUUCUGCCUCAACUGCUGUUCUUUGUGAACAGAUUAAUAUGAGUUGGUUUGCAAAAUGCAAUGAUGUUAUCUCCAACUUUAGUGACAGACAGACUUGUUAAGCAAGCAAAAAAGGCAAUCGUAUUUUUCGCAUUUCUGCUGAAAGGCAAAACUGUUUCUAUGAAACAGCAGGGUAUGUAUCACGUAACGUAUCUCUCUCUCAUCACGUGAGGAUGGACACAGUUUUUCUCAAGUGAGCCCUCGAAUUCUAGCAUGUGGAGUUCAUGCUAGGGUGCCAAUGUAACUAGAGUGACGUGGGAAGCAUGCCAAGGUCCCCGACUGGCACACUAUUGUUUCUGGUAGUCUCUCUCUAUCUUUUCGCUUUCAUGCCAUUCACUUUAGAAUAAUUCGGGAAACGAUUUCCCUACACAUUUUUUUUUCUCCUCAUGCA